CCGGUAUUGGUCCUCUGUCGGCCUGGAUAUUUUAAAAGGUGUAGAGGAGGGCUAGUUUUGUUUACUGUAACAGGAAUUUCUGGAAUAUCAAUACAAGUGUUAUCAAUGCUAUUUAUAGAUUACUUGAAAGAUGAUAAGGCACAUGAAAAGAUUAUGGACUUUAGAAAAUAGCUUGACAAAGUUUCAUAAACCUGUCAGAUCUCAUUCUGUUAUAGGACAAGCUGUUACUAUUUCACCAUACUUUCAAAAUAAAAGAAAUAUGACUUCUCAUGGCCCUGCCAAGCGACUUGAAGGCAUGCAAGAGAGUGUUUGGGUGGAAUUUAUUCAGUUGGCUCUUGAUUAUAAACCUGUAAAUCUUGGUCAAGGAUUUCCUGAUUUUGCAGCUCCAGCACAUGUAGCAAAAGCACUCAGUGAUGCAGCUAUUGGCCCUAAUGUUCUUCUGAAUCAAUACACAAGAGGGUUUGGUCACCCUAGACUAGUUAAUGCUUUGUCAAAGUUAUAUUCUCAGUUACUGGGAAAAAAUAUCAACCCUCAGAAGGAAAUUCUUGUUACAGUUGGAGCUUAUGAAGCAAUAUAUUGUUCCAUACUUGGCCUUGUAAAUCCUGGAGAUGAAGUUAUCAUUAUUGAACCUUUUUUUGAUUGUUAUGAACCUAUGACGAGAAUGGCUGGGGGUGUUCCUGUCUAUAUUCCUUUGAGACCUGUAAUUUACGGAGCAACUGGCAUGAGUGAAGGGAAAGUGCGUAAGUGGGUCAGAGACUUCAAAGAUGGCCAUCACAAUGUCCAUGAUGAGUCUCACUGCGGUCUCCCAUCUGUGAUUACAGACAAUAUGAUGGUUUCAGUUGAAGCAAAAGUUGAGAACAGAUGCUUCACCAUAAGCACUCUUUCAAACGAUUUCCUGAAGUGUCUAUCCUAG